GAAACAAGAUAACAUCACAACCAAAACAACAAAAGAAAACUGUAGAAUAUUUGACUUGUAACAAUGGCGGCAAUGCAUUUCACAAGAACUGCAAUCUUCAACAUCUCUAAAGCAAACAUUCCUCGUUUCACUUCUCUCUCUUUCCCUCAAAAAGCUUCUAGGGUUUGCUUCACUUCUGCCUCCAAACAUUCCCAGGGAAAACAUGCAAGUGAAGAGACCAACAAUGGAUACAACCGAGACGAAUCAGUCAACUACUCAACUGGGAAGUCCUCGGAGAAUGCGAGGAGCAAAAUGGAAGAAGGAAAAGACAGAAUGAAAGAAGGUGCUGGAGAGAUGAAGGAUAUACACAUGGAUAAUAUGAAGGGAAAAGCCAAUGAGGCGAAAGACAAAGCGAACGACAUGGCGGGAAGAGCAGCCGAUCGGGCCGGUGAGGUGAAAGACAAAGCGAACGACAUGUCGGGAAGAGCCGCCGACAGAGCCGGUGAGGUUAAAGACAAAGCGAAUGAUAUGGCGGGAAGAGCUGCCGAUAGAGCCGGUGAAAUGAAAGACAAAGCGAAAGAGAAGAGCCGUGACAUGAAGGAAAGUGCUAAAGAGACUGCGAGCGUGGCGGCCGAUAAAGCCGAAGAAGGGAGGAGCAAAGCGGGGGAGAUGGCGAAGGCGGCUAAGGAUAAAACUCUAGAUGCGGCUGGGACGGUGGCCGAGAAGACGAAGCAGACAGUGGCUGGUGCGUGGGACGCGGCCAAAGAGACGACACAGAAGAUUAAGGAGACUGUUGUUGGGACGUCUUCAUCGGAUGACGAAGAUUCUUGGGGCGAUGAUCAGACCAGAAAACCGAAGAAGGUGAUAGAUGCAGAUGUGAAAAAUUUGAGGAGGAAAGUUGGGAAUCUUGAUCAUGAAAAAAAGGAUUACUAGUUUCUUUGUUAAUGUCUUCUUUAAAUAUUUUGGGUUGUUUUUAACAUCUUGCACGCUUUUUAUGUUGGUAUGUUUCGCCUUUUGGUUUGCCGUUGGCGGCUAUACGUGUUUUAACAGUUUAAGGUUCACAUAAUGCAAGAUGAUUUGAUUA